AUGGAUUUUGAUCACUUCCUUGAUCUCUGUGGUAGAUCACUCUUUACUGAAGAAUACCGAGGAGAUUUAGAUGCAGUAUGGGACCUAAUCCAGAAAGAGCAGCCCGAGUCAGAUGCGGAGCCGGAUGCUCGCGCAGAAUAUUUGCGAUGUUCAUCAAUCUAUGCAAUCUUGAUCGGCAGGUUCGGAGAUGCUUAUAGACGCCUUGAUGAACUACACGGGAUUCUGGAUCAACUGUCUCCGGAAUGGGGUCUGCGAUAUACAAACUACUCCCUACUUGCCGACUAUACUCGCCGCUACCCUCCAUCCCUGCACUUUUAUCACGAACGGGGUCGGCCAGUGAAUGCUACAAUGUUGAGCGAUAUCAUCGGCCCCUUCGAUAUCAUGCAACGGAUGAUGGCAAAUGUAAAUAAAUACAUGGCCCAGGGUGUGAUUCGCGACCAAGGCUUCUGUCAGAUUCUGGGCGCUGUAUCCGGGUUUCCCUUGAUACUUCGGAACGCAAUAGGUCGCAUUCAUCCGUUGUCACCUGGUAACGGGAUAAAUGCAAACACCAAGGAUUCUGCGGUGAUAUUGGAAACACUGUCGACGUUUUCAGCCUCCCUGAUCAAAUAUCGCGACUUGGCAGAGAAGAAUGGAGCGAAAGGCAUUGCGGUCUACUUGGGCCAGCUGAUUCUUGAACUCCAUUUAGCGUGCCAAAGUCCUGCUUCCGCGCAGCUUAUGAAAGAGAUGCAUCAAACCUGUGACAGCAUAGGCGACUAUGCGGGUCUCGCCAAAUUGAAGGUGAUGGAAGGGGAUGGUCUCCUCAGUCCGGGGUUUACCAGCCCUCUCGCGUUGAAUAUCAUCGUUGCGGAUUCUUUUUCUGGUACUGCAGAUGAGUCAAUUUGGGAUCCUAUUGAAUGUGACCUGAAAUUCUCUUACUCUUCGGAAGCGCGAGAUUGCUACGAUGCUGCACUGGACCUUUUCCAAACGGCCAACUCGAAACGUGGACAGGCAGCGGUUCUACUUCGCCAGGCUUGCUGCUUACACAACUCCGUACGCCAUGAGCCAAGCAGAAAUGCACACCAGCACUUGAAUACAUUGGUGGAGGCAGAGUUGAAGUUGAAAAACUCGAUCGAGCUAUUCGGUCGAGAUGAAACGAACUCACAGAUUGUCAAAGCCCAUCAAAUUUUGAUAGGUAUCACGAAAGGCAAUCCACGCGAAGCGAAAGAAACUGCAUCGUCCAUAGGAAGAUGGGGUGCCGAGGCGCGAAACGAAAUAGUUGUCCAUUUCAUUGCCGUUCUUUUCUUACGUUUUGCACAUCAAGAAUGGUUCAAGUUUUCCAACAUGGAUACUGCGCUGCUGGGAUGGGAAUGCGUGUACGAGGUUGCAAAGCCUAUUGGAGAUGUGAUCCCGGUAUUCCAGUCCCUGGUUUCUCGUGCAUGGGUCCACCACGAGAUGUUCAAUUCGGAUGCGUGCCGGAUUCUCGUCGAGGAGGCGCUGGGUAUGCUUGAUGAAGUGAUCGCGUAUCUUGACUCGAAGAUCGAAAGUAACGGCGAUGACCAGUUGGGUCGAACAGACAGGUCGACUCUGUUGACUAGCAAGUCGAAUCUGCUUUGGACUUUUAGUCACAAGGUCAGCAGUAUCUAUUUACGGCUCGAGGAUCUGCAGCGUUUCCACGAUUUCCAGACGAAAUUCGCCUUUUGGAUCGAAAAUGAUCCCUGUUUUCACCAUUUUCGAAAACGAUUGCAAGAAGAUGAUCGUACGUGGACCUUCGACGCUUCAAUCACCUACCCGCGCAGCAAAAUCAAAGGAAUGUGGAAAAAGGCUCUGGCAGACGAAGCCGCAAAGAUGGCGCAUGGAUCAGCAGAAAUCUCGUAUCGCCGUCUGCUAGAAGAGGGUGAUAUCACCAAAGGUGAAGCUUGUCUCAGCCAAUUUAUUGAGCAAGCAGAGAACAAGCUCGAACGUGUCUGGACCAGAGACUUGUAUCGAAUACUUGCCUGUGAACGAGUCGGCAAUGCAGUCAAGGCGCGCGAGAUUUUGGACUCCAUGACGGAUAACGAGCUAUUUGAUGGGAACAUCAAUGAUUUUCAGCAAGGUUACAGUGUUAGGGGGGACUUUUCCUACGGUGGCAGAAAAUGCGCUGUCGUUCUGCGUGUUUGGAAUGAAAGUGCCCUGGACUUUUCCUUCCGACUUGGCUUUUUCGGUGCAGUGAUGAGGGAGAAACGGCCACUGGCAGAACUCGCUUUCUCUAAGCUCCUCGAGGCGCGAAGUAUCAUCGACAUACGCAGAUUCCAGACGACUGAUUUGGAUGCGAAGAUUGGAAGCUCCAUGGCUGGGUGGACAACCGAAGUCUAUUUGAAUCUCGCGCGAAUUUGCCUUACCUGGAACGAUUCAAAAACCCCCAUCGAGCUUGCUUCCAAAUAUGACCACGGCCAUUUCGGCGAUAUCUCUUGGACGGAGCAUGCACUUCUAUUUGUCGAGAUGAGUAGAGCACGGGCGGUUCUUGAGUCCCUACAAUCCCAGGCAAGAGAAGCGCAAAAGAUAUCUGGCGCGCCCGAAGUGGCUCCUCUCACCGCGGCAGUUCAUAAACGGCGACUACUGCGAUCUCUGAGCUCUCUGAAGAGUCAGACCCCCGAGCAAGAGAAGGAAAUAUCUGAUCUCCGGGAGGAAAUCAAAACUUUUGAACAGGAUGGCAAUUUGUCGUCUGCCUCGACAUUCAUUGAGACAGUCAACUCUAUCAUUCAGCCACAACGGCUUUAUGAAAGCAUUGAUGAAAAUGCGGUCGUAGUAGAAGCUACGUUUGGACCUCGUGGGGUUGUUGCAUUUGCGAUCACCAGGGAGGGCAUUCAACAAUCGAUCCAAGGACCGACUCGAAAUGUUGACAUACGUCGACCUGUCAUGCUAACCAUGCAGAUUCUGCGAGAAAUGACGGGGUACGCAGGAGAAGAGGAGGAAAGUCGCAAGACAACAAUAAACGAGCUGACCAAGACCAUCUCGCAUAUUUUGCUACUGCCUUUCACGGAGACUAUCCGAUCAAAGUCCCAUGUCAUUUUUUCCGUAUCGGACCCUCUAACUGCAUUUCCAUUCUCGAUUCUCCCUUUCGAUGGGAAGCCCUUGAUCAUGCAUGCGGCUGUUUCACAGGUGCCUAGCCUGACGGUCUUGUAUUACCUGUCCCAGCGUGAAUCAGAAUCGUCAUUACCAUCCGUGUCUGUUUUGGCGAAGUCACCGCAGGAGACUGAAGAGCUCCUGGAUGUGGCAAGAGGUGGCACAGAUGUCAAUUUACACAUGGCGGGCAUUGAAGCAGUUAACAUUGCGCGGAUGUUUGCGACGUGGCCCAUCGAAGCGUCUCAUCUCUCGAGGAAAGAUUUCCAAAAGUACGUAGAGGGUGGAUCUCGAGUCAUGCAUGUUGGGACACAUGGAGAUAUCAAUCAUCGUAAUCCGUUGCUUUCGUCCAUAUCCAUUGGGCAUGGCCAGGAUUUCCGCGUCGUUGAUAUGUCUGCGACCCGAAGCAGCGUGAAUCUUCUUGUUUUUGCCGCGUGUUUGAGUGGGUUUGGAAAAGCGACGAUUGGCAGUGAAGUUUUAGGGUUCUCGCACGUCGUUUUAAGUACAGGCUGCCAGGCCUAUAUGGGGUCGUUGUGGAAAGUGAGCGACUUCGGCUCCAUGUUUUUGAUGACAUUGUUUUAUCGACGACUGAAGAGUCAUCCGGAGCAAGCAGUGGGAGAGCUAUUCAGACAGGCACAGCUGGAACUUUUGAACAUGGAUGUAGAUCGGGCUAGUGUGUUGCUUGAUGAAAUGGUAGAACCGUGGGAAACUUCACAGGAGCAAGGAGGAUCUGAGGGUGCGGCCGAGAUUGCAGCUGAGUUUGUGCCCGAUGCCGAGUUUCUUGUUUUGACUUUGAGGAUGAUUCUCAGCCAGUUGGAUUGGACGAGUCCAUUCUACUGGGCACCUUUCACUUUGGUGGGAUAUGGAGGUUUCCGAUUUAUGGGCCAAGACCGCUAG